AUGUGUACUUUAACGUGUCGCACCUGUGUCACGCCCACUUCUAGUCAAGUAUACAAGCUCCAGGAAAAGGCGACAAAGCAUAAUAAAGUUAUUUGGGAAAUGCUUGCUGAUGUCUGCUCCCUAGAUCCCAAUAAUGCACUGCCGCAGCACCUAUGCUCCGACUGUUUGCAGCGGCUGCAGGAUGCCUAUGAAUUUGUCCUGCAGGCCAGGCAAGCGAACGACGAGCUGUUGGCUAAAUUGGAGAGUUCCUUUUCAGUGGAACAGUUUAUGGAUGUUAAAGUGGAGGACAAUAAGCCGAUCCCAGACACAGAUCAAGAGGAGCUGCCGAAAUACACAGAGGGAGACUCAGACAAAUUCGAUGAGAUGCCGCUCAAGGAAAGGCUGCAACUUUUACGCAAACAAAGAAAUUGUAAAACAGCCGAGAGCCCUAACGAUCCCUUAGCUAGCGACCUGUCGGAAAUAUGCGAUGGCCAAGUAAAAUUGAAAGAAUGGAACAAUCAAGCAGAUUGUGGCAGCCAGAAUGAAAGCGCUUUAGUCGGGAAACAAUAUAAAUGCGAUCAGUGUGACAAAUCCUACUAUUGGCCCGCCAGUCUCAUAUCCCACAUGCGCAAGCACACAUCUAAAAGCAAUUGGCUCACGUGUCCAAAUUGUCCGCACAAAUUCUAUCGCAAGGACAACAUGAUGGCUCACAUGCGAAAUAAACAUGGUGCGCCCCGCGCCUACAAACGCUCCGGCUCUACACUCCCUAAAGUAACGGAGCUGGACAUUAGCCUGUGCCUGCCACAUGGCACUAAAAGGAUUCAAUGCAUGCUCUGUUUGCAGAACUUCUCAAAAAUUGCCCUGCUGGCCAAACAUUUGCAAGCUCACGCCGACCAAGCGGAUGAGGUUUGUGUGGCCAGCGAGACGCGUCGCGAAAUCGCCUCCAGCUUUUUCGCCGAUGCCAACAACGUGGAUGAGGCACAUCUAAAGCAACGCAUAUGCGAGUACUUGAACGAGCAGAAGUUCUCGCCAUUCUAUUCGAUAACCAACCAGUCUGGUCGCGAACUGAGUCUGGAAAGCUCCGAGACGGACAGCGAUUUUGAGGAGGAGCAGCGGAAAAUAAAUGCCUUGGCCUCGCGUUACAAUUGCGAGCUCUGCUCUCUCAGCUAUGCUCGCAAAUAUCAAUUGUUCGAUCACCAGCGCCAGCAACACGACUGGCUGGAGGCCCCCAAUGUGUGUGCGCGUUGCCAGGCGCGCUUCGUCAAUGCCGAGCUCCUGCAGCAGCACCGUACACGGCAAUGCAACAACGUUCAGAAGCUAUACAUCUGCAAGUAUUGUCGAGCGCGUUUUCAGUGGCGCCAAAACCUGAGGACUCACUACGCCGUGCACAGAAAUAAGAAUACUGUCGUCCAUUGCUCGCUGUGUGAUCGCACAUUUCGGGAUGCUCGCGGCCUCCACACUCAUAAUCUGAGCAUGCACGCCGACAAGUCCAGCUUCAUGAGCUGUCAUUGGUGCAACCUGAAGUUCUAUAGACGUGACUUUCUGCUUCGACAUCUGCAGCGACGGCAUGGCCUCAAAGAGCAGUAUUUGCCACUUGCCGAAACCCUCCUCGCCGCCACAUCGCAGCCAAAUGGUCAAAAGCGCAUCGCCUGUAAAGUUUGCGAUAUUAGUUUUACGAAAAUGAAGGAGCUGCGCUCUCAUUUGCUCUGCAAUGCGGCUGCUCAUCAUAGCUACGACUCCGCCUUGAACUAUUCCAUUACGAAUGCGCAGGGCUUCGAGCUGCAUUUGGAUGACACCGACACGGACUCUGAUGCAGACCAGGAUGAGCAUCCGGCAGCCGCCAAAUACACCUGCUCGCUGUGUCAGGUGCAGUGUCGGCGCAUCUAUGAGCUCCAGCAACACCAGCGCGCCAUGCAUCCGUACGAUGAGCUGCCAUAUGCCUGCGGCAAGUGUAUCUUCAAGUGCGCUGCCAAGCCCCUGUUGGAACGCCACGAACGCAGUCAGUGCCUUAAUGUGGAUAAGCAACUGAACUGUGCGCUGUGUAGUUAUAAAUUUAUGUGGCCAGAGAACUUGCAGCUGCAUGUGCGUCUGCAACAUGCCACUGGGGCGGCUGGAAGUUCUACUCCAGCUCCUGCUUGCGAAUCCAGCACAGAUCUGUUGCGUUGUCCGCACUGCGAUCGCACCUAUCAGCUGCAGGCUCGUCUACGAAAUCACAUACGCGAUGUGCACUCCGAGGAUGGGCCCAAGAAGGCAAAGGAGGCGCGACUGUUCCUCUGCUCGCAGUGCGGCAUCAAUUUACGCUCCAGAGGCGAAUUGCAGCUCCACACCCGACGCCACAACAACGACAAACCCUUCAAGUGUGAUCUGUGCAAGAUGGCAUUCGUCUCCUUCUUUGAAUUGAAACUGCACCGUCGCAAGCACACCGGCGAGAAACCCUAUCAAUGUACCUUUUGCCAAAAGGCUUUUGCGCGCUCUGACAAAUUGCGCGUCCAUCAGGCCACCCACAAGGAUAAACGCAAAUAAACUACCACAUCCGAAAGCCUAUAAUUGGUCUACUUAAUCGAAGAAAAAUAUUGAA